UUGAAUCAGGCUCUGAAUUUGGUAUCGAUUCAAUACAUGAUCGAGCUGGUUCGUUGGCUCAUUACUCCUUGAAAAGAAUCUUAGCUUCUCAAUCUCUUGCUUGUUCUUGUAUGAGCAAUGAUGUUGAGUAUAUUUGUUUUAAAGAUAUGCAGAGAGUGCUUCUAUGAAGUUUUUGAGGAAGAGAUUCACCAAGUCAUUGUUCAGAAUCGUUUAUUCAAAUCCGGUGAGCGAGUUGCUAUAGGUGCCUCCGGAGGAAAAGAUUCGACAGUACUGGCAUAUGUAUUAUCAGAACUAAACAGACGUCACAAUUACGGGCUGGAUCUGUUUCUCUUGUCUAUUGAUGAAGGGAUAACGGGUUAUCGUGAUGAUUCGCUCGAGACCGUUAAAAGGAACGAAGUUCAAUAUGGUUUGCCUCUUCAGAUUGUUUCGUACAAAGAUCUGUAUGGAUGGACAAUGGACGACAUUGUAAAGAUGAUUGGUCUGAAGAACAACUGCACCUUUUGUGGUGUAUUUCGUCGACAGGUGAUAGCAUUCCCUCUUCACUCAAAACAUUCCCUCUUCACUCAAAAGUUCAUCAUACCAAUCAUCUUCUGUUUUAUGCCUUCAUCUCUUAUUGAUUUCUUGAAGGCACUUGAUCGAGGAGCUACAUUAUUGAAAGUAGAUAAGUUAGUCACUGGACAUAAUGCAGAUGAUAUAGCGGAAACAGUUCUCUUAAACAUACUCCGUGGGGAUAUUGCUAGAUUGAGUCGGUGCACAUCAAUCACUACAGGUGAAGAUGGUCCAAUUCCAAGAUGCAAACCUUUCAAAUAUACAUACGAAAAGGAGAUUGUCAUGUAUGCUUAUUUCAAGAAGCUGGACUACUUCUCCACCGAAUGCAUAUACUCUCCUAAUGCUUAUCGUGGGUUUGCACGUGAGUUCAUCAAAGACUUGGAAAGACUAAGGCCAAGAGCCAUUCUGGAUAUCAUUAAAUCCGGUGAAGAUUUCAGAAUUGCGACAACCACGAAAAUGCCUGAGCAAGGGACAUGUGAGCGAUGCGGGUAUAUUUCUAGCCAGAAAUGGUGCAAAGCUUGUGUGUUGUUGGAAGGAUUGAACCGUGGUUUGCCUAAGAUGGGCAUUGGAAGACCAAGAGGAAACGGAAACGGUGAUAAUAAACACACAGAGGCUGGAUCUACUGCAAAAUCUAUAGAGAGCAAACAAUGUGGAUCUCUAGAUUUCUAAAUUAAGAGAAAAAAAGACGAAGCUAAUGAGGUUGUAACAAUACCCAGACCGGUUGUGUAAAGAAACACUGUUAUACUUAAACCCAUUGUUGUACAACAUCUGACAAAUUUUGGUUUUGCCUCAAUGACACAUAAGUUUUUGCA